AUGUCGACCUCGAGCGACGCGUCCUCCCCUCCGUCGACGCCCGCGACGUCGCAGCCGGCGUCCCCGACGCCCGCGCUCGCGAAGCUGAGCCUGCAGGACAUCUCGGACGCGGACAAGGCCGCCGCCGUGGAGCUCAAGACCCAGGCGAACAAGGCCUUCACCUCGCACGAGUUCAACCGCGCGGCGGAUCUGUACACGGAGGCCAUCGGGAAGAACCCGGCGGACGCGACGCUGUGGUGCAACCGCGCGUACACGCGCAUCAAGCUCGAGGAGCACGGGUACGGGCUGAGCGAUGCGAGUACGGCCAUCGAGCUCGACCCGAAGUAUGCGAAGGCGUACUACAGGCGAGCGACAUGCUACCUGCAAACGUUGAGGUACAAGCAGGCGAUCGCCGACUUCAAGAAGCUGCUCGCGCUCGAGCCGCAGAACCAGCUCGUGCGAAUGCAGAUGGACAGCACGCAGAAGAUCCUGCGCAAGGUCGAGUUCGAGAAGGCGAUCGAGAUGGAGGAGGAGAAGAGCGCCGUCCUUCGCUGUCUCGAGAUCAUCGACGAAGGCGGGUGCGGCAUGGACAAGGACUACGCCGGACCGCUCCUCCCGCAGGGCGACGACGGGAAGUACAGGGUGGACAUCGACUUCGUGCGGAAGAUGCUCGCCUGGUUCAAGGACGGCAAGGCGAUCCCGCGGCGGUACGUGUGGGAGAUCGUGCUGGGCGCGCACGCGCACUUUGAGCGGGAGGAGAGCCUCGUCACUGUCGAGAUUCCAGAUGGGCAGACGAUAGACGUCAUCGGCGACGUUCACGGCCAACUCUACGACUAUCUACACCUGCUGUCACUUACCGGAGAGCCGAGCGAAACACAUUCGCUCCUUAUGAAUGGUGAUUUGGUGGACCGCGGAUCGUGGUCCGUGGAGAUCAUUCUAAUCGCCCUGGCGUUCAAGUGGCUUUACCCUAAGACGAUGUACAUCAACCGUGGUAACCAUGAAGCGAAAGAGAUGAACCGUACGUAUGGGUUCGAAGGCGAGGCAAAACACAAGUACGGCGAGCAGACCUACAAGCUGUUCGCGCACCUAUUCACCGCCAUGCCUCUGGCGACACUGAUCUGCGCGACAAAACCUCCGCCAAGCUCCGCAGCCAAAGCUAUCUUGUCUCCCGAAGGUCGAAAACGCCACUUUGUUGUGCACGGCGGUCUCUUCAGCAAAGAUGGCGUGACCUUGGAUGAUAUCCGCAAGAUCCAGCGCGUGGGACGCCAACCGGGACAAGAAGGCCUGAUGUGUGAGUUCCUGCUGUGGACAGACCCCCAGGAACUCCCGGGACGAGGGCCGAGCAAGCGGGGCGUAGGCAUUGCGUUUGGCCCGGAUAUCACGAGGCGCUGGUGCGAAAGCAACGGCGUCACGGGUGUAAUUCGCAGCCACGAAGUCCGCCAAGAUGGAUAUUCAGUCGAGCAUGACGGGCUCUGUACAACGGUCUUCUCCGCUCCGAAUUACGUCGACCAAACGGGAAACAAGGGCGCGUUCAUCCGCAUCGACGCCGCCGGCACGGAGAAAUACACCCAGUUCGAGGCCCAACCGCACCCGCCGAUGAAGCCCAUGGCGUACGCGUCGUCGGGGCUCGCCAGCCUACUGAUGUGA